GCAGAGUUGGCUCACACAAAAGAGUUUAUUGACACCCAUUACCCUCUAUAUUGGAUAAAAUGGGAUAAGUUGGAUUGCAAAGCUUGGUGGGUGUAUUUUCAGCUCAAGGCAGAAGGUUAUGACAACAUUGCAGUGGAGCUCAGAAGGGCAAGAGAAGUGUUUUGUGAUCAUAUAAAAGGACAAUCCAAUGGUAAAACCUUUCGCAAUGCCCGGAAUGGGGCCGUGGGAGCGUUAAAUAAAUGGGAACAAGAAGAUGAUCGUGCAGCGUGGGAUGAGGCCAAACAGGUGUACGACUCCGCACUAGCCAAGUGGAAUCAUUUCAAACCCAAGGGUGAACAAUACGCGGAAGAAUUACAGGUUAANGAAAGGAUGACGUCAUUAUAUGCAAAAUUGGUAAAUUGGAUCCAGGAAAGAAUUGCCAAAAUGGCAGCAUUGGAAAAAGAGGUAGCUACCACUCGUAAUAAGUAUAAGCAUGAAUUUUAUGAUUCGAUCAAAGAAAUUGACAAUUGA